CCUCGGCUCACCUUACAGUUUCUUUAUUCGCCAUGACACGAUGGAGGAUUCGGAGGAUUUGGGAUUAAGAGGGUUGGUUGGAGAGAAAGGCGUCUUCUACGACGGAUCGGUGGUCUGUCUCGGGAUCUCGGGUGUCUGAACGGAUGAUUCGGAUUUGACAGCCAUUGUUUGGGGGGAAAACAUGUCCCUAAGUAUGAAUUAGUGAAAGCAUCUAAUGAGGCCUCCAUUAUUUCGCGUUUGGUCUGAUUUUGUUGUCUGUCUGUGCGUUUGUGUCUGUGUCUCUGUGUGUGUGUGUGUGUGUGUGUGUGUGUGACAGCGUUACAUUGUCUCGGAUGGCUCCAUCGGAUCAAUUACGUAAUUGAAGCGUCAGGAAGCGAAGUGUGCGGAAAAGCCGCAAUUGGUCUCCUUCUCUCUUCCUUUCUAUUGUUGGUGUUCUUUUAGAUUGAACGGUUUUCUAGUGAAUUUUGUAAGAGAACCUUUUGCAGCAAGUUGUCACCAGACUACCGCCGACACGUCGGGCCUAAACCGUGCGUCUGUGAGUUCUUUCCAUCAAUCAUCUCAAUUCCUUCUGUCCACACCUGCCAGGUGUCACCACUCAUCUCUCAGAGCUAAACAGGUUUCCUGCUCCUGUCCUCAAGAAAACACAAUGUCACAAGGCCAAAACUUCCUGCCCAAGUUCCUGUUUGUGAGCAACCUCCUGAAGGCCAUGAAAAUCCGCGAGCGUGUGCCCCACGACGUCGCAAAGCCUUCGGCCAGCGGCGGACUGAUUCACCAUCUGCGUAGCAUGCACCGAUACACGCUGGAGAUGAUCCGGAUGAGCCAGUUCCCACAGCCCUUCCGGGAGAUCAUCCAGUCGGCCAUCUUGGACCGGGCUAUGCAGACCUCGCUGGAGCAGGAGAAGAGGCUCAACUGGUGCCGGGAGGUCAAGAAGCUGGUGCCGCUCCGGACAAACGGUGAUGGGAAUUGCCUGCUCCAUGCGGCUUCACAGUACAUGCUGGGUGUGCAGGACACGGACCUGGUCCUGCGUAAGGCCCUUUAUGCCGUCCUCAAGGAAACGGACACCAGUAAUUUCAGAGCACGCUUUCAAACAGAGCUGCUACACUCCCAGGAGUUCACCCAGACCGGCCUGCGCUACAGCACCAAGAACUGGGAGGAGGAAUGGGAGAAGAUAGUUGAUAUGGCGUCUCCUGUAGUCAGCAGCAAUGGCCUACAGUUCGACUCGCUCGAAGACAUCCAUAUCUUUGUCCUGUCGAAUAUCCUGCGCAGACCGAUCAUCGUAAUCGCAGAUCAAGUGCUGAGGAGUAUGAAGUCUGGCUCCUCUUUUUCACCCCUCAAUGUAGGAGGGAUUUAUCUGCCGCUUCACUGGCCUGCAGGAGAAUGCUACAAGUAUCCCAUAGUGCUCGGUUACGACUCGCAGCACUUUGCCCCUCUAAUCACAAUCAAAGACAGCGGCCCAGAGUUCCGAGCUCUCCCAUUGAUCAAUCCAGGAAGGGGAGGCUUUGAAGAGCUGCGCAUCCACUUCUUGACUGAAAAGGAGCAGCAACAGAAGGAGCGACUGCUAAAUGAAUAUCUGAUGCUCAUGGAGAUCCCAGUCAUCGGUCUGGCUUAUGACCCUACACAGAUCAUCAGGGCAGCUCGCCUUGACGAGGGCAAUCUACCCGAGGACAUGAACCUGAUGGAAGACUACCUGCAGCUGGUGAAUCAUGAGUACAAGCGGUGGCAGGAGGACAAAGACGCAUUGUGGGCCCCCACAUCGCAGCAGGCGCCUCCACCCUUCUCCGUCUCACAGUUGUCGCUGAUAGAGAUUCGCUGUGCUACACCUCGCUGCACCUUCUACGUCUCGGUGGACACGCAGCCUCACUGCCACCAGUGCUUCGAAAAGCGACGCGCCAGCGGUAAACACGAAGCCAUUACCAGUCGUCCCAACCGAACCAACCACGCCAACGCUCCAUCCGAGCCAACGAUCCCGAGCCCUCGGUCAGCACCACCUACUGCACCAAGCCUGAGCCUGUACAGCGAAACCCACGCCAUGAAGUGCAAGACGCCCGGCUGUCUCUUCACUCUCAGUGUAGAGCACGAUGGCUUGUGCGAACGCUGCUUCAAUGCCCGCCAGGCGGGUAACGGGCAACCCCAGGGCCCUGCCCAUGCCUGGGGACACACUCAAUGGGGACAGAGUCCCCGAGAUUGUGAAAAGGACAGAGAAAGAGAUUCGCACUGCAUCGCAUGUCGGCAGGAGGUCAAACGGACGUUCAACGGCCUUUGUCCAACCUGCAUGCGAAGGAAUGCCCCACAGCAGGAGCCCAGAAUUGACAUGCCAGCAUGGGUGCCUUCCAGAGAGCCGGAGCACCCCGGGACCACUGGUCACCCGUGGCAGACACAGACCGCACGGCCGUGCAAACGCCCGGGUUGCCAAUUCUUUGGCACGUCCGAGAAGUUAGGAUUCUGUACCAUUUGUUAUGUGGACUAUCAGACCAAUCACCAGGCAGCUCCAGCAGUGGUGCAGCCCAGACACACAUCUGAGGCGGGUUUUCAGAACGUGCAGUGUCGUGGGCAGGAUUGCGGUGCCAUGGGCAAAGCGAUGCUCGAGGGCUACUGCAACAAAUGCUACGUGAAGGAGCAGAGCGCCAGACUGAGUGAAGCUGCUACCAGAGGUUCCGUUUCUCCUCCAAACUUGCGAGCGUCCAAGUCACGUCCAACGGCGACGCUUAGCCAAGCCCAGUGCCGGCGCAGUGGCUGUAAGAAUGUAUCGCCUGGAUGCACGGACUUGUGCCCGGACUGCAUGAACCGUGGUGGGCCUCGCGAGGGCCGUCGUGCCCAUGCACCUAAAGAGAAGAGCAAGCAGCGCUGCAGGACGCAAGGCUGCGACCAUUAUGCCAACCAGGAGAAACAAGGCUACUGCAAUGAGUGUGACCACUUCAAGCAGGUAUACCGGGGCUGACUCUGACCACUGUCCUUUUCCAAAGAAGGAACUAGAACCUUUGCACACAGAUGAGUGUGAAUCCUCCCCUACACGGAAUCCUGCAGCCCAUUGAGCCACCUGUUUUUGGGUGCCAGCAGUGGCGUAACACUGGCGAUUUACCUCUCAAGCAGCGUUUUGAUCAUUUUCCUUUGUGAAUAAGACCGAGAUGGGGCUGUCGAUCUGAAGAAACUGAUGAUACACUGGCAUCCAGUUGCAUAAAUCUGUGCUAUCUGUGAUUUAUAUCAAACAGGGUAACGAGAUUUUAAACAGUUUGUACAUUGCUGGGAAAAUUUGUGGGGUUUGGGCUGGGAGGGGAGGAGCACCUUCAAGAGAUUGCUUUCCAAUUGUGAGAUAAAUAUGGUAAAAUCUGACCAAAGUAACGAAAUAAUUAUGACCAAGUUUAUGUACAUGAACACUGCGGAGUGCAGUAAGCAAGUGGGGCCUGUAGGAAAUACAGGAGACGCAGCUACAGGGUUUCAGAGGCCUCCAAAAACCAGUUUAAUUCUUAUAAAAUAGGUUAAGUGCCAAUGAGUGUUUCGCUCCCGUUUUAUUUUCCGCUGCACCAUUUUGAUGUCUGCUGCCAAAACGGACCUGUUGCCUUUGAGAUUUUUUUGUAUUUAUUUAUUGAAAAAAAAUGUUUUGGGGGUUUAUUCAUCCUUUGCUCUCUUUUCAUGGCCUGCUCGAGCUUGAAAUGACUACUCGCCCGAUUUCGCCUUGCUGGACUUCGUUUGUUCUGUUUAUGUUUACUAGCUAUGGCACUAGGUGAUGUUGGAUGCUAUCUAACGUUUUCCCGUAGCAAAAAAAAGAGAAAAAGAAAAAAAAUUUCCGAAGUGCAAUAAAAACAGGUUCUCCAUCACACCGUAACAAUCGACGCAUAAACACUCACUUGUAAAGAGAAUCACCACAUUAAAGAAAUAGCAACAAGUGUCAACAAGGAAGACUUGUGCAUGCAGUGACAGGAUAGACUCCUUUUUAUUGAAAAAAAAAAGAGAAAAACGAAGCCAGAUCAAUCCAAAAGUAAACACGUUUGUGUUUUGUGUACAUCCUCUUUUCGAGUUGAGUACCCAGUUUUAUUUUUUUUCUCAAAUAUAUAUAAAGUAUUUCUCUUUUGUUUUAGAAGGGAGCUUCCUUCCCUUUACUUUACUUCUGCUACAUUCACAUGAUGCCUCUAUUGCAUACAUAUGGUAUGCAAAAAAAAGAAAAAAGUCCAUUUGAAUAUCGCUCCCAAUGCUUGCAUAGAGAUGAACAUGGGGG